CAAGAUGGCGGCGGCCAAGAGGAAACGUGGGGCUGAAGCUGCAGCAGAGAGAAAGACAAAGAAAGAGAAAAGGACUGAAAAUGAAGGAGAAGUGGAGAACACCGACACCGGGAGAGAAGGAGGGAGCACGGAGAUCACUGUUCCGCCUCCGGUCGCUAUGGGCAAGUGGAAAAACAAGGAACGUGUUCUCGUUUUCUCCUCGCGAGGCAUCAACUUCAGAACAAGGCACCUCAUGCAGGAUCUGAAGACCAUGAUGCCUCACUCCAAAGCAGAUACCAAAAUGGACAGAAAAGACAAGUUGUUUGUUGUUAAUGAGGUUUGCGAAAUCAAAAACUGCAACAAAUGCAUUUUCUUUGAGGCUAAGAAGAACAUGGAUCUUUACAUGUGGGUUUCUAAUGUUCCUCAUGGACCUUCAGCCAAGUUCCUAGUUCAGAAUGUGCACACACUUGCUGAGCUGAAAAUGACAGGAAAUUGUCUGAAAGGAUCCAGACCGCUGCUUUCAUUCGAUCCGAAAUUUGAUAAGGAACCUCACUAUGCCUUGCUGAAAGAGCUGUUCACUCAGACUUUCUCAACACCUCAAUACCAUCCAAAGAGCCAGCCUUUCGUGGACCAUGUGUUUACUUUCACAAUUGCAGACAAAAGGAUAUGGUUCAGAAACUACCAGAUUAUUGAAGAGGAUGCGUCUCUCGUAGAAAUUGGACCCCGCUUUGUCCUCAAUCUGAUCAAAAUAUUUCAAGGCAGCUUCGGUGGUCCAACACUCUAUGAAAACCCCCAUUUCCAGUCUCCCAACAUGUAUCGGCGCAUGAUGCGGAUGGCCAAGGCUGCCAGACAAAAGGAGAGGCAGAUGGUGAAGGAGAUCCGUCUGGAGAAGAGAAAGGAGGUGAAGGAGGUGCUGACAGAGGAUGUCACAGAUGACGUGUUUGUGACUCCGGCUGAGGAGAAACCCAAACAGGUGGAGCACGAAGCUCCAAGACCAGGCAAGAACAAGAAGAAGAAGCUGAAGCUGACCGAGCUAAAGAAGAGAACUCUGCUGAAGCGCAAAGGCCUGCGAUGAAGCACGGCCUAAAUCCCCCAAGUCUGCUCCCAGCAGCGUUUAUAGAUGUUCAACCCAGGGGAUGUACAAAAACAACUCUACACCGUCAGCCUUGGUGGGAUUGUGGUUGCAUUGUAUUCAAACCCUCAUUUGACCCACUGUUUUCAGUCUUAAAGUGUGGGGGACUUUGGGACUGUGUACUGGUUUGAGAUAUUAUGGUCUUCUGGUUUAUAGUCUAUAUCGUCACUGUCCAAAAAGACAUGUAUCUCCAAAAUGGUAACAUUACACAAGAGAGCCAAAACGUUCUUAACUUUGCAUGUAAGUUAAUGUUAACUAGUUUUUUCCCUUAAAGUGAUUAUGGAGCAUUUCUAUUGAUCCAUUUAUCAUGAUUUUUUUACAGAACAUAAAGGACAGCUGCUGUGCUCAAGUGGAGAUACACACUCGUUUUUUGGCUAUAUAAAACAUUUUCUUGUCCCAGGAAUCUCUUUUGUACCUUUAGGAGUAUCAUCACCCAGCUGUAUUCUACAGGUGUAGGGUGAGCUCCCAAUCAAUACAAAUUCAGGUAAAAAAAAAAAAACAAAAUACAAAAACAUGCUCUGUUAUUUGUGUUUAUUUCUGUUGCAUUUGUUACAAGACGAUUAAACCUUUUACCCUGAUCACCUGAAAA